AUGAAUGAAAAUGGAUUGAAGAUAUUACCAACAAUUGGUGAACUUCGGAAAUUUGCUCUGAAUAAAUUUAAUAGUAUUAAUAUUGGUGGUGAUAAUAAUACAAGUAGAAGAUUAAAUUUAAGUAACAAUAGUGAUUAUGGCCUUUUAAGUGAUCUUGAUUUUAAAAAAAUUCAUAAAUUGAAUUUAAGUCAAGACAGCAAAGAAACAAAGGAUGAGCCAAACAAUAGAAUAAUCAAUGAAGACAAAGCAAUUAUUGAUAAAUCUAAUGAUAAUUGGUUAGAAUGGCUAAAUGAGGCAAUUCAAAAUGAACACAUUAAUUUUCAUGAAUAUAGUAGAUUUAAAAAUCUUCAAAAGAUUGGUGAUGGUGGUUCUGCAAAA